UAAACUCUGAAUCGUCAAGCCACACCCACCCAUUCAACAAAGAUGGCGUCCUCCAUGGGUGGAAUGUUUUUGGGCCAGCAACAAUCUGGAUCACAUCCUUCGGGAGGUUCUGGUGGUCCUGGUCAGCCUGGAAUGCUUUCUGGACCUGCCGGACCUAGGGGAACAGCCAACAAUACUUUAGUCGACGACCUAGAAGCUGCUUUCGAGGCAUGCUUUGCUUCUCUCGUGAGUCAAGACUAUGUAAACGGGACAGAUCAGGAGGAAAUUCGAACAGGUGUUGACCAAUGCAUUCAGAAGUUCCUGGAUGUGGCCAGACAGACGGAAUGCUUCUUCCUUCAAAAAAGGCUCCAACUAUCUGUACAGAAGCCUGAACAAGUGGAGAAGGAGGACAUAUCAGAGCUGCGUAACGAGCUCCAGAGGAAAGAGGUGCUCAUCCAGAAGCAUCUGAACAAGAUCCACACCUGGCAGCAGGUCCUGGAGGACAUCAACGUUCAGCACAAGCGGCCCACGGAGCUGCCCCAAGGCCCCCUGGCCUUCCUGGAGCAAGCAUCCAACAACAUCCCUGCCCCCAUGAAGCCCAAUUAAAGCACUCAGGCUGUGAAUCAAAGUGCUCUUACCUUUAUCCUGUCUCCCGUCCUCCCUUGUGCUUGUGGCCUUGCGAUGAUGUGGCAGGAUGUCAUUGGCGAAUUGCGACAGAAGUUUAAUUCAAUAUCUCAAAAAUGCAAAGGUCAUUUUCUCAUUUGCAAUUGGGAUGUUGAAUCAAAAAUCAUGAAAUAGAGUAAGAUAAGUCAAACUCCGCCCACCCAAUGCAAAGGAGUGUGCUCAAGUUCUGUCUGCUUCUUUUCUUUCUGUGAUGUUUGGUGGCGGCUUAAGGGAACUCUAUGUAUUCUCAACCUAAAGAGCCUGAAGGUCUCCUAAAGGGUGUUCACCUGAUGUCACAUUGAUCCCAGAAAAGUAUGGGCUUGAUGUAUCUUACUCUACUAGAAGAUUUGUUGUUGAAUUAGGAAAAGUCCCCUAAAAGUUAUUGCGGCUGACAGCGGAGAAAUGUUAUUGUUUUCUCCACGGAGGCGUGGCGUCAGCGAAGCGUGAGGCCAUAAGCACAGGUGGAGGACAGGAUUUAGGAUAAUGCUAAUAAGAACCCAUGGCCAUCCCGGUGUCACCCCUCCUCAAUAAGGGCUCCUUGCUGUCGAGCAGCAUUUUGGGUGCUUUGCCAUCCCCAAUUCAGUAUCCUGAUCGCAAUGGAGCGAACAACUUCUGGAAUAUGUUUUUGUAAGAAAAGGUUAGGGGGGGAAACGUAUCAUUUCUGAGUUUGAGCCUCGUGAGGGUGGAGGAAAGGACGGGAGGAAGGACAUUGAUUUGAAGCCUUGGCUUACUGCUGCAGCUGGGUUGCAUGUCAUUGUUGAAUGAAUGCAUCUAGGCUGAGAAAGAAAGAAAAACCACACACCCUUGCCCAGUUAGAAUGCUCCUGUAAUGGUGAUUUGUUAAGUGAUACAGAUGAUUCAAUGUUAGUUUGAUGCCAUUGUAUUAUAUCUGAGUUUGUACUCUUCAUUGUUUUACUUGGUAAUUAGGUACACCAAGGUAUAUCUAUUCAGACUAGUGUCAGAUAAUGCCUUGGGUAACUAACGAGUAGAGAUUGUGAAGAACUUCCCCCCCCCAAAAAAAAGGCUUGUAAUAAUGUUUUUGUAAAUAGUAAAAUCCUGUUUUGUACUUCUUUUGAAUAAAUAUCACUUGUAAAUAUUUGA